ACUGCACCGACUCCGGGCAGCCCUAUGUACGUCCGUCCGACGCCACGUCUGGCAUGCAAUGCUUACAUACAUACACCUGGAUGAAUUGCAUCCGUGGGAGUAAAAGAAGUUGCAUUAGGCACCUAGUUCGGUAUUCCUAUUUCAACUAGCCGGCAAUUACCGGUGAGAUGCUGGAGGGGAGGGGGGACGCAUAUGCGCUGGUUUCGUGCGCAUAAACACGACCGAUUAGGCUGCUAUUCGAGCUCAAUCGACCGCGACCCUCAACCCUCAACCCGCGCAGAUAGUCUUUGAAUGGUCGGCCAAAUAUAUUCCCACGACUUCCCCGGCAACCUCGUAGACUUGCAUCCGUCCGUCACGACAAACCAACGACCAUCAACAGCAACAAUAACCGAAAUGAGUCUCCACGACCUAUCGGAACGGCACUCGUCAACCCACACGGGCGGGGAUGGCAAAGGGACCGGAACCUGGCACUGGGGAUACGGCUGGCAAACAGUGCCGUGUGUGGGCGUCGAGGCGUACUGUGGGUACAUGGAUUUGUACUUUAACAUGCACGAUCUGACCAUGCUAUACACGUUUUUCCUGUGGUGGGUUGUCGCUGGCCUUGUUCUCGCGGUUGGGGCGUUACGAUUCUGGGCGAGGAGAAAGAGCGCGGCUGGGACAGUGGAUGUGGAGGGUCGCAGAUGUGGAAAAGGAGGUGUGGUGAAGGCGCUCCGUGCGAGUAUUGUCGCGGCGAGGAGGAGGGGACUGAGGCAGGGGUUUUUACUGGGGACGUUUAAGGGCGUGACGAGGGUUCAGAUCACGGUCUUGGUUAUGGUGGUGAUAUACCUUGCUAUAUUCUCUUUCAUCGGCGGGACGUACAACAAAGUAAUCCAGGAAGCUACAAAGAAGCGUACCGAACUCGGCUGGUGGUCUAAUCGGGUCGGCUCGCUCGCCUUCGCGCUGACGCCGCUGACACUGAUCCUCUCGAUGCGGGAGAACAUCUUCUCGCUGAUCACCGGAAUUCCGCACCAGCACUUCAACUUCAUGCACCGGGUCCUUGGCUGGAUCAUCUUCGCACAGAGCCUUCUUCACACAAUCGGCUGGACAGUCGUGCAGGGUUACUUCUUCGAGCCACAGACGCAGCCGCAGUAUCUGGCGAUCCAGUGGAAGGAGCGCUACUACAAGUGGGGGUUCGUCGCGCAGAUGCUCCUGGCGUUUCUGUGGGUCGGGAGUCUAUCCCCGGUCGUGCGGAGGAUCGGCCACGAGGCGUUCCGGAAGAGCCACUAUGUCCUAGCCGUGUUGUACCUGGGCGGCUGCUGGGGCCACUGGCCGGAGAUGAAGGAGUGGAUGAUUGCCAGUAUCGUGGUGUUUUUUUUCGAUCGCGGGUGCAGGUUUCUCCGGAUCACGCUCAUUCACUGCGGGAUGAAAUCCAAGACUGCCGGCUUUGGGUUCAAGUACGCGGCUGCUAAGACCGUGACGGAAACGGACGCCGAUGGGACACAUGUCGUCGUGUUGAGACUCCUCGCGAAGCCGCUGCACUACGUUCCCGGCCAGCACUUCUUCCUCACGUUCCCGAGUAUCACCCUUCUACAGUCGCACCCGUUCACCCCCGCUGUCGUCAAUGGCCACGAGCAGGUGUACGUGAUCGUCGGGAUGGCAGGAGAAACGGGCCGAUUAGUGGAAGCGGCACGAGCCGGAAGUGAAGGGGGACUACCAGUGAUUCUAUGUGGACCGUACGGUUCCCCGCGGGUGAUCGACAAUGGCGCGGAAAACUUCCUACUCGUGGCAGGAGGAACAGGAGUAUCAUUUACACUUCCCCUACUGGCGGCUUUGGUCGAGAAGAAGACAGCCGGAAAGCUCCACUUCGUGUGGAUCAUCCGCCGACUAGAGAAUCUGGCCUGGAUCCGUGCAGAGCUAUUAGCAUUAAUCGAUACGGCACUCAACAGUAAGCUUACGCUUCAGGUGGUUAUUUAUAUCACCAGAGAUGGCGAGGCGGUGGCCCCGACGUUGAGCGAGACAGAUAGUACGCAUGGACUGGAGAAGUAUGCUGCCUAUGGCCGUCCUAUGUGCAAGGAAGUUGUGGCGGCGUUUAGGGAGAGUACCGCUGGUGGCGGUAGAUCCCAGGUGCUAGCAAGUGGGCCUGCAGGAAUGGGGAGGGAAUUGAGGGACGCAGUCGCAGAAUCAAACGACGCAGCGAAGGUGUGGAGGGGUCAGGAAGCGUCGGAUGUGGGCCUGUACUGGGAUAGCCGGUAUUGGUGAGGAGUUUGGGAUUUUUCUUUUGGACUCUAGUUUAAUGCUGUGAUGACGGAUUGCGGGAAUUCAUUUUGUGUCGUGGAGACAAUGCGAACUACGAAGGUACCGUGAACGUAGCAGAUCGGAUGGCCAUGGGUUUUUGUUGUCCAAUGAAUAGAAACAGUGCUUUUUCCCA